AUGUUCUUUCUUUAUUAUUUCGUCGUUUUAUGGUCUUGCCAAGUAAGUGCCAGCCUUUUGGAUCCCAGUCUGAUUAGUAAAGAACUUCAAAACGUUGCCCGAGAUGCGCUCGGCGUGGAAGAGAUGCAGGUAAAAAACCCUUAUAUUGUAUUAAGGAAAUCAGUUCACAAGUCGCGAACUUUUACUAAUGUGUUAACAGCAUGAAACUAAGAAGUGUAUGAACUGUUAGAAAAAUAAUGUGGGUUAAGAAAUUGUAUAUGGCCUAGAACGCCACGAGUCCUUCGCAGCUCAGUGGUUAAAGCAUUCGACCGGUGUAUGGAAGAUCAUAAGUUCCUGUGUUAUAAGUACAUGUGACAUGUUGAUGAAAACAUUUCUAUUUUCUUCACCGAGCUUAAAAUUUACCAUCUUUCUUUCUUUCACAUGACAUCUAACCGAAUGAGACUGUUUCUUGCCAAAAUCUCUGAGCGGGCAACAUUGGAAAAUCUAUGACGUCAGGGGGUAACGGUGCCCUGUUACCCGCAAAUGUUGACUGACGACCGACGUUAGAGAGGGAUUUUAUGAAUUCCCAGCUUCAAAAUUUCCAGUUAUAUAACAAAUCACUUAAAGAAUGGUCCCUCGGGGAAUCAGUUAAUUUUGUUUCUUUCGAAUCUCCAUGUUUUCCUCGGUUCCGCCCAGGGAAACAUUCAGAUUCUCGGGAAACAAUAUUAACUGUUUCCCUCGGUACCAUUCAUUAGCGUUUAUUAAAUAAGGCUUGAAACGCCGUAUACUUAGAGUUUUCCAAUACUGAAUGUGUUUUUAAAAUGCUGGCUUCUUGUUAUAAACCCUUCAGAAUAUGUCAAGAGCAAUAAGGGCGCGAAAAAUAAAGUAAGCUUAUUUAUCGAGAGAGACGACAAGUCACUCUAAAUUCCAAAAAUAAUUUGUUUUCUUAAUACGCAUGCCUACGUUUUCAAGUUAGUUAUCAUUUAAACAUCGGAAGGAUUUUUAAUGAGAUCGAGCUCCCAAUUUACUUACGACUUUCCUUCACCAUUCACCGUCCCUAUUUCCAAGUAGUGAAUCUCUGUGGAAAUAAAUCGAUUUUAUUUAUUCAGUUAGGCUAAAUAAUAAAAUGGAAAAAGAUAACCAGGUGACAUAAAAAUAUAGAAAUGCAACUCUUUUGUCAUAUAAUCGGAAGUAGGAACUUAUUACAUUUGCGUACUCAUAUAAAUGCUUGGCUCUGUGCAAACGGACACAACAUUGUUGGGUGCAUUACAAGUCCGCUUGCAUACCCUCAGUUUUAUGCCGUAGCGCGUUGUUAUUUUGUUAUGCGUUAUACUCUUAGUCAUUUAUUUGUUCAUUGAUCGCCGAAGCGUAGCGCAACAACGUUGGAUCAGUUUUCAUAGUUGUUCCAAAAAUAUUGGGGACACGCACGCGCAUUACACUGUCGAAUUUUAUGGGUCGUAACUUUUGCAUAAUUUCCUAAAAACCCCUUUAUGAGCACUGCCAAGACUAUUCAAGAACUCCCAACAAUGUCGGGCCAACAAGCAUUUCUUCUUAUUGUUUUAGAUAUAUCUGGACAAACUUCAGUUCAACAGGCAGACCAUAACUGGGCAGGACGUUCUUCCAUCUCUAGCUGUAAACCUUGCAGACAAGCUCAAAACGAGGUUUGCAGUAGCACAAAGGCUGAAGAAAGCGGUUGAAGACUCGUACAAUGGAGCUGCAAAUCCAAAGCCAGCCACGGAAUGCUGCAAGGCCGAGAAAACUGGACUCAAGUAUGACGUGAGGUUCCGUUCUCUAGUGGACGUGAACAAUUUUUGUGCUCAGAUUUCUAGUACUGCUUCGCCAAACCCUGUACACUUAGAUGAAAGCGUUCUUUUGGAAAUGAAAGCCAUUGCGAAAACAUAUCCUUUCAUCAAAUGGCAGUACUUUGGUUCAGAGGAGGGUAUGCUGACUGCCUUUCCGGUUUACUUUAACGAAAACGAUUGUUCCAAAUACGACCCUCGAUACAGACCGUUUUACGUAGAAACCGCCUCUCCGGAAGCCAAGGACGUGGUAUUGAUUAUCGAUACAAGUGCAUCCAUGAUUGGAGAGAAACUUGUCAUCGCCAGAGAAGCUGCAAACACAGUUUUGGAUACAAUGAAUCCUAAGGACCAUGUAAGUAAAAAGUUAGAUAAUUACGAAAAGAUUGAAACUAUCCCUAAAUAUAAACGUUUUUGUUAUCGCCAGCAUCAACGACGACAAAGCAAUUUAUCGAGCCUGAAGCGAAAAAAGUCCUUGCAAAAAUGCUUUUGUACAUUUCGACCAAGACUGGCCUGCGCCAGGUGCGUCUGAAGCACAGCCAUUUCCAGCUGGAAAAGGCCUGUAGUACGUAUGCGGGACGUAGCUUAGGUUUGGGUUCUCCAUCUACGUUUCAUAUUUUAGCCUUGUUUCGUUUGAAAUUCUCAAUAUUAUUUUUAAUUAGUAACUUGCAAUAGAAUCUAACAGCAAUGUCUGUAAAGUCGAAACCAACCAGAAGCGACGACUAGACGUCCAACUUAUAAGAGACCCUUGAUUGUAAGAGACCCCAGCUACAGCUUAAUAUUAUCAUUAUUAUUUUUAUUAUAUCAUGAUCAAUGUUAUCAUUGUAACUAGAUUAUUAUUUUCGAAAACAGCCCUUUAAUUUGAUGACAUUUUGUGAUCACAGGUUGGAAUUGUAUCCUUCAACACUAAAGUCACAACCCCUGGAAUCUAUGGUGGAAAAACCACGUGCUAUAAUCAACGGUUAGCUCUUGCAACUCCUGAAAACAUCGACUGUUUGAGAAGCUAUGUUGGUGGUCUUGUUUCUUAUGGUAAGAUUAAUUGAAUAGUAUGUGCAACUAUCUCCCGAUGGCCGAGCUGGCCAGUAUGAGUGGUGCAUUACAUCCCAAGACGUGAAGCGUCCACGUAUCUAUCUAGCCCUAUGAUCCGACCCUGAUGGAGAUAGUUGUUUUAAGUAUUUACCGAAUCAGUUUAACAUGAAAAUGGAAGUAACUUUUGUAAUAAAUGACGCCACUUAGUAAAGGAUUUGUUUACGUUUUAUUCGACGGUGUUUGGAGGAUAAAUUUUCGGGUGCAUUUUCCCUAGUUUUGUUGCCAGUUCAAUAAGAAAAUAAUUUUCUUUUAAUCAGCAAACACUGACGAGCCAAACUCAGUCUCUUUCUGGCUAUUUUGGUCAAACUGCUUCAGUAAUUGCUAAAAUGUUUUCCUCUGAAACUGUCACGAACCUGUACGUCAUAUUAGCUAGUGUGUGUUUGUUUAAGCUGCCUGUUUACACGCCGCAGAACUGCAAACUAUGCACAAAUAUGUUCAAAAUUUGUCUAAAAUAUUUGAAAAUUAACUAGAUAUUAACUGAAUGUUUCCAUAUUUCUUAAUUAAACUUAAACUCGGUAAAAUACGUAUGAUACAAGGCAAGUCUUCUCUGUCGCCAUUCACUAACUUCACUGUAAAUGGACAAAAUGUACAGAGAAUCAAAGUUUUCAUCUUUUUUUCGCUGGAAUUUGAAACUCUUUUAACUUUGCAACAGUACAUGUAAAAGAGGGAUGAUAAGCGAAGUGUUAUCCAUUCAAAAUAAUUCCUGGGUUUAAAACAAAGCUAAAACAUGCUUACCUCCAUCGAUGUUAAGUUCCUCUUCGAUAGUUCACGUUUAGGGUUGUUCAGCUCCUCAAAUAUUAUCCAAAGAGCAGAUGUCGCCCUUCGAGUUGUGUUCUUUCUGUUCUUGCCAUGUUUUUAGCUAUAAUUUCGCCUAGUUAUUACUCUUGAAACGAGUGAAAUUUCCGCCUUUUUUUGUUUCAAAAACCAAAACAACUCAACCUUGUCCCCAGGUCUUCUCGUCUUAACCUGGAAGAAGGCUGCAUUUUUGACGUCAUCGGUUCAUUAAACGCAAAAUUCUUCCAAAUUUGGUCAUCAGGAGCUGGUUAUGGUGAAUUAUGCGAGUGCUUUUAGCCAAUCACAAUCAGGAAAAUAUUUUCAAUGAAUAGUAAUAGCUGUUAACGGCAAUUAAAGGAAAAACUUGGUCACGUGGUACAAAUUCACAUUUGCCGUUUGGCGUAAACCUGAAUCUUAAUCUCUCUUUUUAUGUAUUUAUGUCCUCCUUGAGUUGAAACGGCGGCUGGCAAACGCAAACGCGUAGAAAGUAAUGUCACGUGACCCUCUUUUCCGUUCGCGGGAAAAAAUGCUCGGUGCUUCAUGUCUCUAUUAACUCCCGUCAUAAACAGAAGAAACUAGACUAAGGUUAUUCAAUGUUAUGGAAACCAAUAUGGAUGACACGCAUUGAUUCCUUCAACUGAAAGUUUUUUUUUUCUCACUAUGAUCAUUUAAAAAACUUAACUGAGGCAUCUUCUGCGUUUUUAGGAAAAACCAAUUACAGGUUGGCUUUUGAAAAGGCUUUUCAGCUUCUGAAGGAGACAGCAUCUGAAAAUACGAAUAAACAGGUGCGUAAAGUUAUACUGUUUCUCACAGACGGAGCACCCUCCGAUGAAAAAAGAGCAAUAUUCCAAACCAUAAGAGACAGGAAUCUGGAGCUCAACAACUCUGUGGUCAUAUUAACGUUUGGAUUCGGUGGUGUAGAUCAGGAAACAAUUAACAUUCUUCAAGAUAUCGCCCUGCAAAACACAGCAAAGUAUGAGGUUCCGUCAAAUGCUUCAUUUGGAGACGUAACGGUAAGAUUGUCCAUGUUGAUAGUAUCAUUCUGCACAUUUUUGUGUCCAUAAAGAAGUCACGCUUCAAAAAAUGUUCAUCACUUGCAGCAUAAGUAGUAGGCGCUGCUUAUUUGCUGAAAACCAAACAAUUAAACAGUAAUAUAUUCAUAUAACGUGAAAUGAUCAUGUUGGAGCAGGCAACGAAAGAACGCAGCGAGGAAAUCUAAUACUUAUAGAUUUGUUAUUGGAUGCCCUUGAAAUAUAGUUUUCCAUCAGUUAGUGAACAUGAUGGUAGAAAUGAAACGUGCAACGAAGACGGUUAGUUACUCUCACGAUAUCAGCCUAUCAAAGUAAAUAUCUGCGCGUGGUUAUGGCUUCUCACUUAGGUUCUGCUAUCUUUCAAGGAAGUUUAAUAUUAAGACAGUGUCCUUCUGAGGACUUGAUUACAGUGCACUAGGGAAAAUCUUUCAAAUUAAAAGACGGGAAUCACUGCUGCAAUAAUUAGCAAUUAAUGAACUCGGCUUUCGUAGGAUAUGAAGAAUUAAGCAAAUCGAGGAGAUUAUUCAUUCAAAAUAAUCUCUAGUUUAAAAACAUAGCUAAAACAUGCUUACCUGCAUCGAUGUUAAGUUCAUCUUCGAUAGCGUACGUCUAGCUUUUUCCAGCUCUGCAAAUAUUCUCCAAAUAGCAGAUGUCGCCCUCCGAGUUGUCUUCCUGCUGUUUUUGCUAUGUUUUUAGCUAUUAUUUCGCCUACUUCCAGCUGCAGUUCUUACUCUUGAAACGAGUGAAGUAUCCGCCAUCUUUUGUUUUCACAACCAAAACAACUCAACCUCGUCCCCAGGUCUUCUCGGUUAACGGUGCCUUAACCUGUAGCGGGCAGCAUUUUUGACGUCAUUUCCUCGUUAAACACAAAAUUCUUCCAAAUUUGGUCAUCAGUAACUCGGUAAGGUGAAUUAUGCGUGUGCUUUUAGCCAAUCAGAAUUGGGGAAAUAUUUUGAAUGAAUAAUUAUAUAACUUUACAUUCAUGGAGGCCAUUUUUUUCUAGGAAUUGGCCUGAAUGAUUGUCAAGUAAGGAAACACAACUUAACUUACUUGUUAUCUCACUUUAGAAGGGAAAAUACAUAGCUGUAGAAGACAUCAAAACCCUCAGAAGCAAAAUGGGCUCGUAUUAUAACUUCUUCGCUACCGGAAAGGAACUUGAUCGACCAGUGGUUUCUGUUCCAUAUGUCGAUGCUUUUGGAACAGGUUAGCUUUUGUUUGUUUGUUUGGCUGGUUGGUUGUUUUUUCAUUGCGCUCAGAUUCAGUCACUUUGUUGGCAAGUAAACAGCUACAGAUUCUCGAGAAAAAAUGGGGAAAUUUCCUCAUUCAUUUAUUGCCAAUUUAAGUUGUGAACGAUAACUUUGAUCAGGAUUCACUGGGUCACAUGAUUAAUAAAUGCAAAAUCAGCUAUUUGGCUCUUUGGGAUGAUUAUGUGUCCAAAGACAACCGUCGAUACAUUAGUAUAGGAGGAAGUUUUUUGAUGCAAAACGAUAAUUGGUGUUCUUUGAAUUCACGAUUUGCAUUGAUGUAAGGAAAUACUGGUACCGCUACACAUGUGGUGUACUCAUAGCCCGAAUCUUCACACUCUUUUGAAAGCCUUCCGUCCAAAACGACACCCGCGCACAAAGCAUGUUGGGAAUACUAGAAAGUUGUUUGUUUUCUAAAACGACUUAAACAGCCCAUUAAACAGCCCAUUUAUAGGCAGAUCGUGAGGUUCUCUGUUACUCCCUUAAAUUAAAAUAUACGUUACCUACAAUAUGACGUAAUGUCAUGUGACGGUGAUGGGAACGUUAUAAGUGGCACUUAAAGUUCGGCAGAACGCUUUUACUGUAGUGUAUGGUCACCUUCUGUCGUAGCAUGUAGUGUCGGUAUAAAACCCGUCAGAGUUCUUUGUUAAAUUUGUUGUUGUUGCUGUUUGUUUGUUUGUUUGUUUUUUCACCUUUUAGACGUUUGACGGUGCACUAAGUUCAAUAAAUUUCCAAACAUUUUGACAUUAUUGACCAUUAUAAAUACUUAACAUCAAUUUAUUCAGUGACAAUUUAUGUGAAAUUAAAACGAAAGAUUGUACCCUGUCAGGGAGAUCCCAUCGUAAACUACAGCAGCGUUUUUAUCUUUGAUGUUUGCCGCCUUUAAUAACCAGUCUUCUCCUCUAAUUAUGGUCGUAGCCGUAAGGUCUCUAUGAUAUUUUGGUAAAAAAUUAAUGAAAUCAACAAACCAAGUUUUUACUUUGAGCUAUUUCAUUCACUUAUGAAUCGAUAAUUUUUUUUUUCUUACAGGACUUUUAAUGUCAAUAACCCUUCCUUGUUACCAUAAAGGGAAGUUCAUUGGCGUAGCAGGGACUGACAUCAACAUCGAGGACUUGGUUUCUGAUAUCGAAUUAUUAAAGGAAGGACAGAUUGCGUACGCUUUUAUGACCAGUAAAUCAGGAAGAACCAUUGUUCAUCCUCUCCUCCCAGCACCAACCGACGCCUAUGGAGACCCUGUGUAUUUGGAUAUACGUACAUUAGAGCCAGAAGCAGAGUUCAACGAUGUGUUUAUCUCAAUGAAAACGUAUGGAGACUAUUAUUUUUGUUUUUUUGUUUUUUUUUAAAGAGGAGUUGGGGGAAGGGGGAAGGGGUGGGGGGUAAUAAAAGAUUACAUUUACAGAUUUAGCCGGACGCAAUCUUAUUUGCAAACAGUUAUAAAAGCCAGCAGAGAAAGUUAAAGUAUUGCUCUGAAUAUCUUUCUCAGGGACUAAAACGUUUUGAAAACAAAAUUGUUUUACCGUUUUUGUUUUUGCAUCAUUAGACUAAGGACCCGUUAAUGGAACUUUAGCCAAAUUUUCAUUCACGGCUCUUUACUUUCAAUUGCUCUUUUCUUUAUUGUUUUUCCAAGGAAUUGGUUUUGUAAUACUUUUCUUGCUUUCUUCUAUCGACGCAAACGUCUUUUGGAAAACUGUGAAGCUCGGCGCUGUUUUGUAGCUCGUGGCUGAGCCGUAACAAAUUGAUCUGUGCAUAAAAGGAUACUUAGGAAGCCGAAAAAAAAAGCAAGUUAUGAAAUUCCGAGUGAAAUGAACACCGUUGAAAAUUGAACCAUAUACAAGAAGUCAGCCUUUCUGAGAGAAGUUAAGAAGUUCACUGCAUCAUGUUAAGGAUUAUAGAGAUUCCUAACAUUUAUAUUUCAAUAGACGGAGUGUACCCUUUAAUUUCUUUUAGCGGUAGGUCUGGUUCCAAGACCUUUGUUGCCAAACGCUUUUUGCCACGAGGAGGGGACGUCAGGGAAGGAGUGGAAGAGAGAAAAGUAAAUUCCACGUACAGUUGGACCCAGAUAGAUGGCACUGAGUUUACCCUUGGUGUAGUUGUACCAGUAGCUUAUGCGAAGGAGAAACUCAAGGCUUUCACAAUUCCUAAUGGUUAGUUUGUUCGAAAGAGUUAGGUCACGAAUUACAGUGUAAUUUAUCAUUGCGCUCAAAACUCGUUACAACGGAUUAUAGAGGUGAAAAGGACUUUGGUAUCUUGGGAAAAAAAAUCAUUGUAGGGUGGUUUCCGCUUGAAGAGAUUUGACUGUACUCCAUGGGACCAGUGCGAAUCCUUUAUUAUCUUACGCGAUAGAUCGAUCCUUGCACGCAGUUUUAUACUUUUGACUCUGGGGGAUCAUUUAGCAAAUGUCCAAGUGACAUGACCGAAACAAGCACGUCGGUGACAAAAUUGUUGAGAUAUUGUACUCAAAUAGGGUAACUUCAGAGAGUAAAACAGUCCACACUCCUCCACUCUCCCCUCCCCCCCCAUUCAAUUGUUUUCUAUAGGUAGCUCGAACAGCGGCACAAUAUUCCAUAGAGGGAAUGGGGCAGGAAAAACUUUAUUUCCCCUUUUUAUGUCAGUAAAACGGUAGAAAACCCCUUUCGGGCGAAGUGUCUCAACUAAUUUUGUCACCGAUUAUAGGAUAUAUCUAGCUUUCAAAGAAGUGUUUGAUUGUGGCGGCGCGUCCGUGCCCUCAACCAUGCAAACGUGGGGAGUGUGUACAUUGUUGCUAAUUGGCGAUUUACCAAGUAGUCCCAUCAAAUGUGUAACGGUUAACGUAUAUAAGGCUUUUUUUUUAACUGAAAAGACGAAAAUUGGUUGGAAUUUUCACCGAUUUUGUGGGAUACAUGGCAAGAAAGAAAUGCCCUAAAAUAUUCCUCUUGGACUGUGGCUCAAGAUGAAAUAUCAAUGUCUUAAAUUGAUUAGACGACUCUGAAAGCCUUUUUCAAAGACUAAUUAGGGAAAAUAUUGGCUUGAUUAAGGAAACCUUUGCUGAAAGUCCUUUUUGGUGUUUUUGUAUAGUUGGUCUAUGAAGGUUUUAAAGUGGUCAACCUUUCGAGCCAUAGAAUCUCGAAAUUUCAUUUUAAGUAUAGUAUUCAUUACAACGUGCAUAAACAUUUUUUGCACAAUGAGACUUUCCAAUUUCCCGUCCGCCUAGGCUUCGAAAUAGGUCAUGUUUGGAUGAUAAUUCUUCACAACUAACAUGCAACGUUGUCCGGUCCCAUAAUGAAAAGGCAAGUCAGCAUUCACUGCCGCAAUUGUUAAGACAACUUUAAACCUGUCACUUUUUAUCAUUUAAUCCCAAAGGUUACAAGUUUCAGUAUCACCGGAUCGAUCUUCAGUCCUUUGAAAAACCUUGCAGUCAUUUUGGAGUUAACGGAACAAAAGGUACUAAUCUUAAGUCAUAAUAUGCACGAGAAGCGUCUAAACUCUCGUCAAUAAAACCUCUAAGCUCUAAGUAAAAAGAAAAAAAAAAACGCUGAUGUUUUCAUCGAUUGCAUUCUACCCUCGUCUGGCGUUUCAACUAGCAUCGAGGACUUGCCAAGGAUUUUCAGGGACAAAAACCCAACCAUUUACUUUCGGAAAGAAAGGAGCGUUCUUUAGGUUACAGGAAAACACUGGAAGAGUUUUCCAUCCAUAUGGUUUUACUUUCAGGUGAUCAAUUGUUGGGCGUCAAUUGUUCUGACAGUUGGCGUCACGCUAAUGAAAUUUUACAUUUUUGUUUAGAAAAUAAUUGUUGUUACAUUGCUGAAGACUACUUGCCAAAUUUGUGCCUGCUCUAACAGUUGGACGCGUGAUGCUGGUUGAGACUUGCAUCAAUGACGAAUGAAAUGAGAUCUUUGAGGGGGUUGUAUGGCUCACUUAGGGGAACAAACACAACAUGUAUAAUCUAAAUCUCUUUUUGAUAGCAAAGUUUAGAUUCACUUUGUAAAUCGAAUUUUAAAUUUGCCACUUUAACCCUUAUUUUGGUCGCCAUCUUGGAUUUAUAAACAAACUUUUUAUUCCCUCUUAAUUUAAAAACACGAUCGUUCGCAUAGCACCAUUCUUCAAUGCUGAAAUUCGCGUUUGGAAAAAUUUAACGUAAACAUAGAUUCACAUGUACUGCAUUUUCUGCCCUAACAUCAUAAGCUGAAGAAAGGUUCAUACGCAUGAGUUGCAACUUCUCUGCGGUAACGUGCCAACGAGGGUUGCAGAACGAUGGUUCGAUGACUCGCAUGGCGGCAGAUUCUCCAGCUUGACCUUCCAGCCUUAAGCUCGGGAUGAAUCUCGUAGCGAGUCAGCGUCUCUGAUCACCAUGUGUCUGCGUCUAGUCGCCCGACUGGUCUUCGGUUGUCACACGGGGAGUACCCCUGCAUGAUCCAGUUGCCAAAUCUGCUUCUAAAUGCUUCGGUUUUGCCCCGUGGCACAGGGAAUUUGACGAUUUCAGGUUAUUUGUGUUAGCACUUAGUAGCUCGUUCCAUGACUUUACAGCAUAGUGCAUCGCAGUAAAUCCCCAAUUGUACACUGUCAGCGGUAGACGUUAUUCUCAGUCUUUUGACAUUGUUGAUCAACACUUCGCGCUACACGUCAACCACUACGUCUACGCGCGUGCUGCGCGAAGUUAGUUACUCUAAGCGACCACAUGGAACAUAGCUCCAGAGGGGAUUUACAACGUCUGUACCUUGGCGUUUCAUCGAAACUGCCGGUUAUGUUUUUCGCUUGCCGGAACUGUCCCAGAAGUGCCAUCCAAGCACAAGAGGAAGUACUAGAUCCUUGUUGCGAACCUUAUGCACAGUCCUCACUGAAUCAAAGAAAGCUGCUCAUUACAAAGUCAUUCGCUGGCUGCGUUCUCUUGCCGUGGAGGGCAGUCAGUCAUCACUCACCUCUGUAUAGACGCUUAGCGAGUUGCAAAUCUCUGUCGUUGGUGAACUUAGGUCAGCCAUUACAUUGAUUUUGAUGAGACACGCGGGGAAUUCACAUUCAGUUGAAACCUCUGAAACUGAUUCCGGUCAUGGACGCGUAGCUGGAUAAGGUUCUCCAUUAAGAUAUUGUUUUCAAAAAGAGACUCUAUUCAAUACACUUGCAAUGUAAAAAUAUGAUUUGUUUACUUACUCUUUUCUGAAACAAUUUUCUAAACCUUACAUUUUUUUUCCAGUUAUUAAACAAAUUGCAAACUGCCAGUCUUAUGAGUGACCAAUAACGGGCGAUAUUGAUUCACGUAGGACGUCAGCUAGUUAUAGUUUAAGCACUAGAAUAACCGAAAGUCAUGUUUUUAGCUCAAAUAUGUUUUAAAUCUACGCUAAAACAAGGUUUGUUUACGUUAAAAGAAUAUCCGCAACUUUUCAGCCUUCCCCGAAAUUCAAGAUGGCUGCCAAAAGGAGAUUAUGAGGGGCAAAUUUAAAUUUCGAUUUUCAAAAAGAAAGCUACCGUUUUAUCCUUGCUAUCAUGCAUUUUUGUCAUGCUUAAUAGCGAACGAUUAAUAUGUGAGCCAUAAACCCAAAUUUACGGCUCUCAGCUGAUGGACUAAAAGACAUGAAACCGACAUCAGACCGCAAAGGAAAAUAUACACUUGAGUAUGUAUUUUGGUUAUAUCUGCAUAAAGCACAUGAAACGAUUCAAUUUUAAACUCGCGAUCGGGUAAAGCUACACGACGAACAGGCUUGCCUAAGCCGUCCCGUCCAGGCUUUUGUCAACAACAGACGCUGCUAUAUUCGUGUUGAAAAUGAUAACGAUUUUAAUGAAAUUCAUCGCGGCCGCUUUAUGCUUUUCUUGCUGUAUUUCUUUCAAACAGUCCAGUUUUUCUUUCAAGUCACCUACUGACAUUCCCAUAAAGAUACCUCGGCUACCUGAUCCUGAAUUAUGCUUUGCAACGGGAAAGUAACGACAAGGCUUGCAAAGUACGGUUUCGCUAUUCGCUCUCCGAAUCCAGCUGGUAAUAUUGCUAAGAGAUCUUUACCUAAAAAAGACGGCGCAAUGAAACCCAAAAUCGUAAAUCUCUUCGAGCUAAGAGCUUUAAAAAACUUCUUGCAUAGCCGUGUGAUUUGUUUACGAGACUUGAUUUUAGUUGACUGAUAUUUCAAAUAAUGCAUUGACAUGACAGACUAAGAGGCGUACUUGGCCAAUGGCAUUCUACGCACCGUCAGAUAACGUAGAAAACGGAAAACUAGGGCCUUCGCUGCAUGCACCUCCUCUCCCCUUCGUGUGUACCGCCUGCUACGCAGGCUAUACCCUAACACACACGCACAUCCUUACAGGAAGUAAUAAGCGUUUUUUUAUAUAUUUCUGCAUGUUUUUUUUAACUAGCUAUAUAUUUUGAUAAAUUCUGGUUUUUCACUUAAAGAUACCUCGGUUGUAAAAUUUGCGCCGGGAGCUUUCAAAGACACUUUUGAAUACAUUGGUAAAAGAGAGAGCAGGGCAGAUUUGCAGUUACUCAAUGCUUACAUGACUGACGAAACCGGGACGAUCGAAAGUCCUGGUCUGAAACCGGGAAUAAGGGACACAGUGACCGCUACCUGGAAAGUGGAAGACAUUUGGUUGCGUGAAAAGACUGAGCUGACACAAUAUUUGGCGUGGAGAUACAUCGGAACAGCAGAUGGGGUUUUCAGGCUGAUGCCUGGUGCUGUAGCUCAGAAAAGUUACGAUCCCAGACAAAGACCCUGGUAAGUGAGAACUCAAAGUCAGAUAGGCAAACAAACAAAAACAAAACAAACAACAACAACAACAACAAAAACGUUGAAUAUUAACACCUAAUUCAAAUUUUCGAAGGGUAUCCUUCGUCUUGAACCUUAAUGGCCCUUGAACCUGAUUUUUUUUUUCGUUUGUUUUUGCGUGUGAUCUGUAUGAUAAUGAAUUUGAAACAAAAUAAAUUUAAGCACAGAAUAUGUUCCACAAACUAUAGUCACUUGAAGUGUAAAAUUAUUUGGUUCACUUUCAAUAGGUAUUAUUCUGCUUUGGGUAACACUGGUCUAGUCACUCUCACUACCCCAUAUUUGCACGCUGGCCAACCUAAUGGUAGAGGUGCUGGAGUGGUUAUAACUGUCGCCCGCUCACUGUAUCGUGGGGAGUCAAGUCACCAUCAUCACACAAAUGACGAAGUUUUUGGAGUUAUGGGAGCUGAUUUCUCAUUAACGUAUUUCUACAGGUUAGCUCAAAACAACGCUUGCGCAUUUGACUCAAACUUUCCCGACUUUUGUCAGGAAUGUUUUCGUUAAACUGAAUAAAAAUGACGACAGACAAUUUAAUUUUUUGAUUUAAAAAAAUAGGAUAACGAACUAGAGUAAUAAUCAGUCAAGAGCGAUUAGGCUCAUAAAGUGCUUUUGGGAACUAUUAAAAUGGUAGAAAUUGCCACCUUCAGAGAUGGUUUGAUUCUUUCAUUAUUGCAUUAAGAUUCUUCUAUCUUGUUCCUCCUCCUCCUCCUGCUUUGUCAGUGCUUUGUCUUCUCCUUCUUCUUCAGUCUUCAUUAAUAUAUAAAGUGAGUGAUAUUCACAAACUAUUGAUUAUUUUCAUUUGAACUAAAAUUUUAGGUUACUCACCGAAGUGUAUCCAAAGUGUAGAGAAAGAAAUAUAUAUUCCUGCUUCGUUAUGGAUAGCGCUGGAUUCCUUAUCAUGCACGAAGACUUUCUAGCACAUUCCGAAAAGGCCCACGACUUGGAAUAUGUUCACAUUACUAAUAAAGAAAAGAAUAUUGCGGAACAUCUCAUUACAAAUGGCUACUUGAAAAAACGAGAAUGCCGCAACCUUAAGGAAAUCCAAAAGCAGAGUUUUUAUGAAGUUGAUUUGCCGGAUGGGGGAGUCGACGUCCUGAAGAGUGGAGCCAGCUGCAGUAAAUACCAACUCAACAAGAUUGUUGGCACUAAUGCUUAUUUAGGUUUGUAAAUGACGUUUACGUGUACGCAUAUAGUUGUUGUCUGCUUCAACCUAUCACGGGUGAACCACAGAAUUUUGCAGAUAAGAUAAGAUAAGAUAAGAUAAGAUAAGAUAAGCAAAGUACUUCCAAGGUUAGGUUGCUACUUACACUAUACAAACUUUAAUCAUUUCCAAUACCCUGUUUUACUACUAAAUGUUUAAAAAUUUUAAGUGCAUGAAACUGAAACUGCUGUCACUAUCGGCGCCUUUUGUCAAUAUAAUCUAACUAAUUCACGUUGAAAAAGGCUCACUUUUUGUUAAAAUGAACACCAACUAUGUAUUUAUUAACAGAACUAUAACGUUUUUCAGAUGAAUACACGAACUAUUUCAUUCAUGACGUAUUUGCCCAUAAACCUCACUUAAUAAAAUAAAACAAAGAAAAACGUCAUGGCAAAAUUUCGCAGGUGGAGCUGUGCUCUUUGAGUAAAAAGAGACAAGUUUCUCGUUUUACGAUCAUUCCUAGGAUAGAAGUACAUCUGUCUGAAGCGAGAGUAGAGAAAAAUUUUGAAAACAAGUUAUCUAAAUCAUUAGUAUGGAAAGAGUUUGCAGAGUGGUUCUUAUCGCCUGAAGUGUUACCUUGGUAUUACCUAUAUGUCUGCUUUAUCUUUCCACAGGAGUUACUUUGAGGGAUUCUUUGUGUGCUGCCGAAUCAUGUACCUGUUCUUCAGAUAACAAGUGUUUUCGUUCGUCCACAAAGUGUGAAUGUCCGUGUACCUCUGAGCUAGAAUUUAACUAUUGCCGAAGUCAGUUUCCAAACAGCAGGUCAGUUUUGACAGCAGUGCCGCACUCAGAUCAGUCAAUAAUUUACUGUCAUUAUUUUUAGCUGUUCAAAGAACAUUAACAUUAAGCAUGAAAAACGCUUCGUCUCUUGACUUUUUGCAUUUAUCUGAGCUUUUUUAAAAAAUAAAAUCCAAAGUGGCCACCAUUUUGAAUGAAUGACCUGUAACAUUUAAAUGCAUGUAGGUCUCCAAGAGCGGAGAAGCAUGUAGGGCUUAUCCGAAGUCCAAACCGCAUGAGUCACUUUUUGCAAAAAAAAUACAGUCUUCCUACGCUAUCCCUCUUACCACGUUUGACGCAUGGAUUUUCGUGCACAUCCGUUAUUAGUAAUGACACUAACAACCGCCCAUUUGUAUCUUAUGGUUUUCAGUCUUCCAAUAUGCCCGCCUUCAGCCCCUUUGUUGCAGUUACCAAACAUCCCCACCCCACCUGACUCCGGGAAGAAAUGUCAUGAUCCUAAAGCAUCAUUAGAGAAAUGCUUUGAUCCUCGCUGCAGUGAGAGAAACAGCUCUCAGACGUGCGAGGGAAUAGUCAGCUGUUACUGGUGUGUGUACAAUAAAGACAGCGUCCCGUUAAAGAAAUCUUACUGCGCAACUGCUGAAGCAUGCUUCAGAGGAAAAGAAGGUUUGACAAUUCAUUGCCUAUCAAUCAACGUUUUGGUUUGAUAUCUAAAUUGAAAAUAGCUUCUACAUUAAGUCUUUCCACGUCUUUGGAGUUCAUGAAUUUGCAAGUAAUGAUUAUUAGCAAUUAUUGAAUGAGGCUGAGUAGGAGGUGAACAAUUAUGCAGAUUGAGGAGGAUGUUUUCUACCGAUUCUAAAGGCCGAGGUUGAUAACAUCCUCCUCGAUCUGCAUUAUCUUUCAAUCACGAAAGCCGAAUUCAAUUUUUUUUUUUUAAUAUUUUUAAGUUCUUAAAAGGCUUAUGUCCUCUUACUUCUACUUUCUUCUAAACUCUGGUCUCGGCACAGUUUCAGGGUAUAAAUUCACAUACAGGUUUUUUUUCUCUCAGAUACUCCUCAAAAAGUCGAUAUCAUCUAUCGAGCAAUAUAUUUUGCGUAUUCUUGCUCUCCUUCCGUUCCGUUUUAGUCAGAAAUUCAGCUAUUUCGUUUUCGGAUUGUUGGAAAGCCAUUUUUUAGUUCACUCGUGAAUAAACAGCUAGGCCGCUGCAACUGGAAAAGAGGUUGAUCGAUGGUCUAUUAUCCAUCAUCUAUCAAUCCCGUUUCUAAUCAAAUAUCAUGUAAGCGAUGGUAUAGUGCUCGCAUCUUCCAAAUUUUGUCGGCUCCGGAUGGUUAUGAAGAAUAAGCCGGGGAUUGGAGCCAAUCAGAAAGUGCGAAAUGUUAAUUUUGAAUAAAUAAUAUAAUGAUGAUAAUAAUAGCAACCAUAAAGGUAAUAAUAACGAAAAUGAUAAACAAGUGUGAGCUAGAUGAAUGAACAUUCUCUCGUAGUUCUUUUACAUUCUCGAAAAAUAAUCACGUUUCAUUAACUAUUCUUUCACAGCCCAAAGUCUGCCACUCUGUGUCGCUCCCAUCAAGUCAACUGCGGAGUCUUUAGUUAAAAGUGGAGACAGGUUUAGCAGGCUAUCUAUUGGUGCCUUGGCUGGAAUUAUCACUAGUGUAUGUGUGGCUGGUGUGGUCCUCGUAGCAGCAAUUUCUGUUAUGGUAAGCAUUCAAAGUUUGAGUGUCGGCAUUGAUUUCAAGUAAAAGUAGGGAUAAAUAAUUGAAUAAGUGAAAAUUAUAUUUCACUGGAAAUGCUUCACAUUCUGCCGUCAAAGAAAUUUCCUUCUUACUCCACUUAUUGCUUACUAUUGACCGGGUCGAAAAUUCUUUAACUCACCUAGUCCUCCUUUAGCUUGUUAGCUUUAGUAAGUUGCCUUGGUGAUCGCAGAAUUAUUUAGCUGUAUCACUUGAUAUAGUGCAAAUUAUAGUAAUAUAUAUUUUUGGAUGGUUGUGAGACCAUAGCCUAUUGUCAUUCGUGAUAUUCAGCGACAACACAACAAAAUAUCAAAUGUAUUUUUAAUACAGUCCCUUGGAUCGCUCUGGCCUUAUAGAUUAUCUGGGAGACAACCAGUCAGAUAUACCACCAUGACUUCUAAUUGACAAAUGUGAGCGUUUGUGUUCGUUUGUUUUGUGUUUGUGUUUUUUGGCGGUGUUUUACAAAACUUCUUUGGUUUCGGACACAAAUUGAGUGCCUACUGUUGUGGUAGAAAAUUAAGCUCAUUUACCACCUCCCUAGUUUUUCUAUAGAUUUCUGUUGAUAACAAGAGCUUCAUGCUUUGUAGAAUACACUUUUGUAAUUUUUGCUAAAGUCAACCUUUCUGAGACUGGUAAUUUAUUAAGUCUUUCUCGAAAAUGCAAGACUGAGUUUAUAACCACAAUAGCAGCAUUAAGCUCUCUGUAAAUCACGACUUUCUUAAACAAUAAACCUGAACCAGUUUAUUGUAAUGAGGGAAAUAACAAAGCUUGUUAUGUUUGUGAUAUUAAAAGCACUAAUUCUUUUGUUUUGGAUCUGUAGAAACUAACUUCCCAUCACUGUUCUGUCUGUUAAAUUUUUAAAAUACCUCAACGGCGCGAGCUGCCUCAUUACGUCUUCAUGUAAUUACCCGAAUUAAUUGUCCAUUCGCUUUUGAAAAAAAAAGGUUAUUUAACUCAGUACCCUCUCUCACUCUCUCUUUUUUCUUUUUACAGGUCAGAAGGCGUUUCCGUUUCUCUAGAAGACCAUCUAUGGACAGAGAGACAAAUAAUGCUCCCAAUGUUGAAAAACGCCCUCCUGCACCUCUUCCCAUUUUUCCGGCUGAGUUUGUUCCACAUGUUAACUAUGAAGAUCCCGAUUCUCUAGAUCGGUCUCGAGAAGGUUCUGUCAUCUCAUUAGAGUGGCCAUCACCUUAUAAUGAAAUACGGGAUCGAUCGAGAAACAAGCCAUCAAUGAUUGCUCCUGUCAGGCCUCCAACCAAAAGCCUACCGCCUUCUUCUGAUAGAAAAAAGAAACACCCUUUUAUCAUCACAGGCGGACAGUUGUCUCAGAUAAAGGAAAUAACCGCGAGUAACCUUCCAGCUGCUUGCCACCCUCAGUCGCCUACUUCAAGAGUUAUACCACAUGCGCUCGAAAGCGAUGAGACCAAGAAAGAAGAUGGUAACUAUUCACCACAGCUCCAUGACAAUGAGCCAUCUGAAGUCCCUGAAAAUCAAAGCUCGUCUUUUAAAAACAGGUCAUCUCCUGAACAUCCAACAUUGACAACAAAGAAUCCACUGUACGAGGAGACUUUUACAUCCUCAGACCAGAAGCUUAAAACCAACUGGUCACCAUAUGACAAUCUACCUCCUCCUCUUCCUGAGCCAAGAAAAGACGCUGAUGUAUAUAUGUCACCGUUGACGUUACCACAGAGGCCUAUCAGUGGCCUAUCAACACAUACAAGUGAUACCUCUGAGUGCUUUGAUGAACAUGGUUACUUAAAAUGUGUUGCUUCAAAUAAGUUUGAUCUCGAGUGA